ACAAGCCGAAGAAAUAAGACCUGAACACACGAUGGGUGAUUGGGCUAAGCCGUCGCAGGAAACUUCUCUGUCGGACCUGAACCUGACAGACCUGAGUCAGGACACAGUGGCUGUGUCGGCCCGAAAGAAACACAGCCAGGCGCUGUCCGAACCUAUGGUCACCCCUGUCUACAGGGCCUCUAUCUACAGAUUUAACAGUGUGGAGCAUUAUGAGGAAUGCGUGAGAAAGGGUGGUCAUUUUUACGCCCGUUUCGGUAAUCCAACCAAAGAAUCCGUGGAAUGUACCAUUAACGCUUUGGAGGGUGGAGCAGGUUCCCUUGUGUUCUCAAGUGGUACCGCCGCCAUCAGUGUGGUGUUAAUGACAUUUCUCCGACCAGGAGAUCACGUGGUGAUGCCGAAUCCCUCGUACAGCGGAACUGUGGACUUUGCUGAGAAUUAUGUCAAACAGUUUGGUAUCGAGGUCAGCUGGGUGAAGGGAGGGUGCCCAGUAGACGAUUAUCGCAAGGCGAUCAAAGCUAACACAAAGAUGAUAUAUGGUGAGACCCCAUGUAACCCUUCCAUUGAUAUCCUUAACCUGGAGGAGUUCGGCAAGCUUGGACAGAGCCACAAAGGCAUUCUAACAGCCAUUGACAGCACCUUCGCCUCCCCAUCCCUCCAACAACCCAUCAAAUAUGGCAUUGAUAUCGUUGUUCACAGCUGCUCUAAAUACAUGGGAGGUCACAGCGAUAUCAUAGGGGGAUGUGCGACACUGAGAACUGUGGACCUGUGGCAGAAGCUGUACGCCUCCCGAGGAGCUUUCGGCAGUAUUAUGCCUCCAGAAGAUGCCAGUCUGCUCCACCGAGGAUUGAAGACACUGCCUUUACGAAUGGAGCGCCAUUCAUUCAACGCUCAAGCCAUCGCCGAGUAUCUGGAGAAACAUCCCAAGGUGGCGUCUGUGAGGUACCCAGGGUUGACCUCUCACCCGGGUCAUGAGAUUGCCAAGAAACAAAUGACGUCUUUUUCCGGAAUGAUAAUGUUGAAGCUGAAAGGCGGAAGCGCUGCUGGGCGUGCUUUGGUUAACAACGUGAAGUUGAUUCAACUGGCUGAGUCACUAGGUGGCGUCGAGUCGGUGAUAGAACAGCCUGCCAGCAUGACGCACGGUCCUAUCUUCAUGACAAAAGAGGCACGACUAGCAGGGGGAAUAACCGACGAUAUGAUUCGGCUCAGUGUUGGCGUUGAGAAUGUCAACGACCUGUUAGCAGACCUGGAGCAAGCCUUAAAGAAAACACCAUGACAAUAUUUCUCACCUUCUAUAUAAUGAGAUAAAUCAUCUCAUUACCGUUGUCGCGGAUUUCAGGGUACCGUUAUGACGUAUAUUCCCAAUAUAUAUGUAUUAUGCAGUAAGCCAAUAUAGGCUAACCUUAUCAGUAACAUGCCUACUUUAAAUAGAGGGGAGGAACAUUUUUCUCUCAAAUACGGU